AUGGAGAACACCGGAGGCCAAGAACAAGGAAGAAGUACAGUGCAUACAGUACUAGUGAGUCACUGUUGGAUCGGAUCCUUUGUUGUUGCUGCCAACUGUUCUCUGCCGGUCUGCGUCUCCUCACAUUCCCUAUUACUGCGAGCUGGGGAGUCCCGAACUGGCGGGGGGGCUUCUGCAGACUACAACACUUGGGGUAAAUAUCAUGCCGUAAUUCAACGUGGGCUGAAAUGCUCGGAAUGGCCCUGCCAUGCCAUACUACUUUUCAUGUACCAUAUGACGCUCCUAGCACGCUCUGUACUAGCAAUCUCCGUGAGCCAAACACGGAUGUGGUUUCAAGAGAUUCUGAGGUCUUUCAGCAUCCAAGGACUCUUUGCUGUUGACAUGAUAUUAUACCACAGUCUGAGAGUUGUUACCAAAAUCAAGGAAAGCAUGGAGUCCUUCCCACUCUGUAUUCCUGAGCUCAAUUAUAUUGAGAUGGUUCUAUUCUUUCUCAUGAGGCUGGGUGAAUUCUCCAUAUGCUUCUCUUGGGCUGAGCAAGGAUUGAAUAUGAAUCCCACUGCUGCAGCUUUGAAGAAAAGGCCGCUGGAUCAAGAGGGCGUGUCAAACGGGCCCGUAAUAAAUGCAUUGAAAGACGGCAUGCUUCCUGCCACAAAGGAAUCUGGCAUUGCUGCAGCGCUGGCUCCUGUAAUGGGAAUGUGCAACGCUUGCCAGGGCAUGUGGCUCCAUUGA